CUCAUCUUCAUCUCUCUCGCUGCUCUCGCUGUAUGCUGUAUGUAUCAAUUUUCGAAUGUCAUCCUACGUUUCUCCCUCGAGCUACGAGAACAAAUCCUUUGUCGUCGCACACUUCGAGUCACUGUUUUUAGUUUUGUUCCAGUUUAUUUCUUACUUUUCUGAAUGAGAGUUGAAGUCUAAUUCCUCUGGAGGGGUAACUUGAGUAAUUUAUCCAAACAUGACCAACCUAAUUCUGACGCUGGUAGGACUUUGUGCCGUCGGAUCGUAUGCUAGCCCACCACAACCUUUUGCGCCAGAGGAUCCAUUGUCGGACGAAUUUAUAGACUACAUCAACUCUGUGCAAUCAUCAUGGACUGCAGGCAGGAAUUUCCAUGAAAAGACACCCCAUAGCUACUUGAAGAACUUGAUGGGUGUUCAUCCUGAUGCUAAAGAGCACAAACUUCCACGCUUGGUUCAUUCAGUGGGUACAGAAGACGGAGAAAUUCCAGACAAUUUCGACUCUAGGACCCAGUGGCCAGAAUGCCCCACCAUCAAGGAAAUAAGAGAUCAAGGAGGUUGUGGAUCAUGCUGGGCAUUUGGAGCAGUAGAGGCAAUGUCAGAUAGAACUUGCAUCCACUCCAAAGGAAAAGUGAAUGUUCAUCUAGCAGCUGAAGAUCUCCUGUCCUGCUGCUAUGUUUGUGGUUUUGGAUGCAAUGGAGGUUUUCCGGGAGCAGCUUGGAAAUUCUGGGUUCGCAGAGGAAUUGUCAGUGGAGGAACCUAUGGAUCUCACCAGGGCUGCAAACCAUACUUGAUCCAGCCUUGUGAACACCAUGUUAAUGGUACCAGACAAGCAUGCUCAGAAGUUGGCAAAACUCCCAAGUGCACCAGCACUUGUGAAAAGGGUUAUGAUGUCCCAUACAAGAAGGACAAACAUUUUGGUGCCCAUGCCUACUCUAUCGACAGCGAUCCUGCACAAAUUCAAAAAGAAAUUAUGACUAAUGGUCCUGUUGAAGCAGCUCUCACUGUGUAUGAGGACCUUGUCAGUUACAAGAAAGGUGUUUACAAACAUACAGCUGGCAAAGCACUUGGUGGUCAUGCAAUAAAAAUUAUAGGAUGGGGUGUUGAUGAACAAAGUAAACUACCCUACUGGACUGUUGCUAAUUCAUGGAACACCGAUUGGGGUGACAACGGUUUCUUCAGAAUUCUCCGUGGUAAAGGUGAGUGUGGAAUCGAGGAUAGCAUUCAAGCAGGUUUACCUAAAGAGUAAGAAAAUAUCUCGAUAAAGUUUAAGCAUAUUUUUAAGACAGUCAUUACCGUAAAUAUUUAAGGACAGCUUAAUUUUGAAUCAAUUUAAAUGGUAUCAGUACUUUAGUAGAAGCGUUUUCUAAGUUGAGACUGUAAAACAGAACAAAAAAUGUUUUGAAAUGGCAAAGUUUUUUGUUAAUUUGACUUCAACGCUAGUCAGACUUUCUUAAUAGAACAAAAAUUCUCAAAUUUUAUUCAUCCUAAGUUUAAAUCUAUGCUUGCGCCCUCUGUAAAAUUAACAUUUUUUCGCCCUCUAAUUUCUUUUAUUUUUUAAGUACCAUGAAGAUUAUAUUUCAUCUUGUAAUCAGUGUAUUUCUACACCAUUGAUCAAGCCUCAAAGAAAUGACACUCAUUAUUUGAAGAGUAUCAAGUUUAAACAGCAGGCAGUUGUACCAUAAGUUUUUGUCAUGAGAAUUCUAUAGGUUGCUUAAUCAAUUUUCUUCAAUUCCUUAUCGGUACUUUGAGUGUAGUAUGAUUUUUCAGAUGGAAAUUUGGAAGUCUAAAAUUUCAUCUUAUCAAUAAGCUUACAAAAUGCAUUCGUGACUAAUACUGUCUUUAAAUUCAUCCCUUCACAAAAAAUUAUGUAUUCUCGUACUUUUUCUCGGAACUAAAAUUAUGUGGUCCCUUUUUAUUUUCCUGCUAAUUUCUACUUAAUCUACCUAACAUACUUAAGUUACUCCAUGACACCACUAUGUCUACCAUAUAGUAAAAUGAGUCAUUCAAUCCCAAAGCAAUACAUAUAAUUUAUGUCUCACAAUAUUUUUCAUCCGUUUAAUAGAUGAAAAUUUGUAGAACAUAUUCCAAUAUAAUCUGUAAUUGUUCAUUCAAAGUGAAUUAUUGUUGAACAGAGUUCUUUUAAUGCUAAGAGAAAUUCAUCGACUUAGAUUUUUAAAGGUCUUAUAAGUCUUUCAGUAUGUUCUCAAAACUUUCCACCUGAAAGAUAGACAAAGCCGUGUUUCUCACAUGUAAUGGUUUCAGUCUCGAGAUUUCCCAA